AAUGAGCAGUGAUUUAUGUUUGAAUAUCCUUUUUCCAGGGUGGUGGGCCCAGCCCAGGUCAUCAAACCCAUUGACCGUCAAUCAGUGCAUCAGAUCUGCUCUGGACAGGUGGUCCUGAGCUUGGCUACAGCUGUCAAAGAACUGGUGGAGAACAGCAUUGAUGCUGGAGCUACAAAUAUUGAAAUUAAACUGAAAGACUAUGGUGUUGAACUUAUUGAGGUCUCAGACAAUGGAAGUGGUGUGCAUGAGGAUAAUUUUGAAGGCUUAACUCUGAAGCAUCACACGUCUAAGCUGCAGGAGUUUUCUGACCUUAUUCACGUUGAGACGUUUGGGUUUAGAGGAGAGGCACUCAGCUCACUUUGUGCAUUGAGUGACCUUAGCAUUGUGACCUGUCAUCAGUCUUCUCAAGUGGGCACACGUUUGGUGUUUGAUCAUAAUGGAAGAAUCACACAGAAAGUGCCACAUCCCCGGCAGCAGGGCACUACUGUCACCAUCCAGCAGCUCUUUCAGUCCUUGCCUGUGAGACACAAGGAGUUUCAGAGAAAUAUCAAGAAGGAAUAUGCCAAGAUGGUUCAAGUACUGCAGGCUUACUGUAUCAUCUCCACAAAUGUGCGCAUUAGCUGUACAAACCAGGUGGGUGCUGGUAAGAAGAACAUGGUGUUGUGCACGAGUGGGAGCCCACACCUGAAGGACAACAUCAGUGCAGUGUUUGGUCCCAAACAGCUACAGAGCAUCGUACCAUUUCACCAGCUGCCACCAAGUGAGUCUGUUUGUGAAGAUUAUGGGCUCGACCCAAGUGCCAUCCCAGAGAAUCUGUACAGCAUUUCAGGUUUUGUCUCUCGGGUGGAGCAUGGUGUGGGAAGAAGCGCAACAGACAGACAGUUCUUCUUUAUUAACCAGCGUCCUUGUGACCCCUCUAAGGUGGCCAAAAUGGUCAAUGAGGUUUACCACAUGUACAACCGUCACCAAUACCCUUUUGUAGUCCUCAAUGUAUCGGUGGCCUCAGACUGUGUGGAUGUGAACGUCACCCCAGACAAGCGACAGAUCUUGCUGCAGGAGGAGAAGCUGCUGCUGGCAACACUGAAGACGUCCCUAGUUGCCAUCUAUGAGGCUGGUGUUAACAAGAUUAGUCUCAAUGUGGAGGCACCAGUAUUGUGCAGGAGAGCGGCUUCUUCAGGGUCUGAAGAGCUUGAAGAUGUUGGACCACGACCAGCUGAAUCAGCCCCAAGGUCUCCAGCAGAAAAGCAGAGGCUGAGCGUUGCCAGACUUAGGGCAGAAUUCUCACUUACUCAGGCUCCUGGUGAAAACCGUGGCGGGGCUACUCUGGCAAAGAAGUCUGAUCAUCAGAAGAAGCUGCUUUCUUUCUUCCAGGCAUCUGUGCGCUCACGGACCUCAAGUCCUAUCCUGUCAGGUGUCCAAAGUACUUUAAAAGAUCAAGAAGUCAGGACAGAGCCAGAAAAGCAGCUGGAUGUCCUGAAUCUUACUGCUGUUACAGAUCCUACUAAAGACUGGAGCGUGUCUGAAUUUUGUACCAGUCAGGUUGAAUUGUUGAACAAGGAGGAGCUGGCCUGCAUUAAAGAGACCUCAUCCAAAGAUAGCUUACAGAUGGAAGAAGAACCUCAGUUCACGCACUCUCCAGAAAUGCAUGUACCUCAAGCACACAAUACAAGAGAUGGUGAUGAUGGAUGGAUGAUCUCUCAUUCACCCCAGAGGGGCUGUGAAAGUCCACAGGCUAAACGAGCCAAGCAUGAGCAGUUCUCUCCUGAAAACAAUGUGGUACCGGAGUGUGCAAUAGACAUUCAUUGUGGUGGAAAUCAACAGACUUCCCUGGGUGAGAUGGAGCUGAAAGUGGAUGAGAAAGUGAACGUGAGAAAGAAGGUGGUCCCCUUGCACUUCUCAUUCUCACAACUGAUGGCAAGGGUGAGGAAGCUCCGGCAACAGCAGAAGGACAACAUAGAAGAGAAACAGAUGUAUAGACGUUUCAGGGCCAAGAUCAAUCCUACAGAGAACCAGACUGCUGAGGAGGAGCUGAAGAAGGAGAUCAGCAAAGACAUGUUUGAAAAGAUGGAGAUCAUCGGACAGUUUAACCUGGGUUUUAUUGUCACCAAGCUGAAUUCAGAUAUCUUCAUGAUUGACCAGCAUGCCACAGAUGAAAAGUAUAACUUUGAGAUGCUGCAGCAGCACACUGUUCUUCAGGGCCAGAGGCUCAUCGCGCCUCAGAAAUUACAGCUGACUGCCAUCAAUGAAAAUGUACUGAUCGAUAACCUGGAAAUCUUCAGAAAGAAUGGAUUUGAUUUUGUGAUUGAAGAGGAUGCUCCCGUCAUGGAGAGAGUGAAGUUAACACGCCUCCCUACCAGCAAGAACUGGACGUUUGGCCCUUCAGACAUUGAAGAACUGAUCUUCAUGCUGAGUGACUGCCCUGGCGUGAUGUGCCGGCCAUCUCGAGUGCGGCAGAUGUUUGCCUCCAGAGCUUGCCGCAAGUCGGUGAUGAUUGGAACUGCACUCAGUGCCAGCGAGAUGAAAAAACUGGUGACACACAUGGGGGAAAUCGAACAUCCCUGGAACUGCCCCCAUGGGCGACCCACCAUGAGACAUCUAGCCAACCUCGACAUGAUCUGCACGGAGUGAACCAGGUGGAAUGAAGCUGCUCGUUUGCUUUGUGAAACCAUCCGGCUUCCUCAUAAAUGAGCGUUUCUUUUUCAUUCUUUUUAGCAAAUAUUUGGCAUCCUUCGGGGUUUUCCUGGGGGAAGAAGCUCUUUAGUCCAUUUUGUUGGAUUUUAAAUUGCAUUCUUUAUCUUGCUGGUUUGAAAUGACUGCUUUGAAACAAAAUGAUUCAUUGCCUCUGGACUCCAAAGAGCACAAAGCAGAGUUUAAAGGUGUCCUUUUGUUUUAUUACAACUUGCAUUUUACAAUAAAUGACUGUCAUUAAAAUGUGUUUGGGUU